AUGAACAAGAGGAACCAUGAACAAGAGGAACCAGGAACAAGAGGAACCAGGAACAAGAGGAACCAGGAACAAGAGGAACCAGGAACAAGAGGAACCAUGAACAAGAGGAACCAGGAACAAGAGGAACUAGGAACAAGAGGAACCAGGAACAAGAGGAACCAGGAACAAGAGGAACCAGGAACAAGAGGAACCAGGAACAAGAGGAACCAGGAACAAGAGGAACCAUGA